AUACUGGCGAUUCCGGGAAAUGACAUACUGAUUCCGACAAGAGUUGGUAAACGGUAUCUUUGCAGGAAUUUUUUAUUUUCACUUGAUGAAAUUUCGUAAAUAAUAGUUAUUUCCUCGUUCCGGAUAUCACUCGAAUUGGAAAAAAAAAAGAAGAAACCACGAGGUACUUUUAUUUAUUUAUUUAUUAACAUCUCGUGUUCUGUAGCUUAUCACUUGCUGUCACGAACGUGAUAUGAUAAACGUGCGUAUAUACGGCGCAUCGAUUCCUUACAUUUCAGUGCUGUUUAUUGUUGCAUUCCUUGAUGUGCUGUUAACUACAUUCAAAGCAAAAUGAUUUCAAAACUGUUUGUUAGUGUUUUAGCUUGUUUUUUUCUCUUCACAUCAUGUUCUCUUGCCGUAUUGAUGACACAACCUGAGCAGGUGCAUCUAUCGUAUGGAUCAGUUCCAUCGGAAAUGAUGGUUACGUGGGUAACCCUUGAUCCAACGAAUAUUUCUACAGUGGAAUAUGGGUUCAACAAACUUAGUUUACGUAAAACAGGUAGCAUGACAAAAUUUGUGGAUGGUGGACCAAAUUCUAGAGUAAUUUUUAUACACAGAGUUUUAUUAACAGAUUUGAAACCAGGUUCUGAAUAUAUUUAUCACUGUGGUAGUGCUGAUGGCUGGAGUGCUAUUUACUGGUUUACAGCUAUGCAGAGUGGAAGCAACUGGAGCCCAAGAUUUGCUGUUUAUGGAGAUAUGGGUAAUGUUAAUGGACAGUCAUUACCUCGCUUACAAGAAGAUGUUCAAAAAGGUAUGUAUGAUGCUGUUUUACAUGUGGGGGAUUUUGCCUAUGAUUUGGAUACUGAUGAUGCUAAGGUUGGAGAUGAGUUUAUGAGGCAAAUAGAAACCAUUGCUGCCUAUGUCCCUUAUAUGACUUGUGUGGGAAAUCAUGAAAGUGCAUAUAAUUUUUCCAAUUAUGAUAAUCGAUUCAGCAUGUUGAAUAAAGAAGGCAUCAUGAAUAAUCAUUAUUAUAGUUUUGACAUUGGACCUGCACAUAUCAUUGGAUUCUCAACUGAAUUUUAUUACUUUCUUGAGUAUGGUUGGACACAAAUGGCAUAUCAAUACCAGUGGCUUGAGAAUGACUUAAGAAAGGCGAACCUUCCUGAGAACAGAGCACAGAGGCCUUGGAUCAUCACAAUGGGUCAUAGACCAAUGUACUGUAGUACUGAUGAUGGUGAUGAUUGUACACAUAAAGAAAGCAUUAUAAGGAAAGGGAUACCAAUUCUCAAAGCAUUUGGGUUAGAAGAUCUUUUUUACAAGUAUGGAGUUGAUUUGGAAUUAUGGGCACACGAACAUGUAUAUGAAAGGCUGUGGCCAGUGUAUGACAGAAAAGUGUAUAAUGGUAGCUAUGAUGCCCCAUACACAAAUCCUAAAGCUCCUGUUCAUAUAAUCACUGGUUCAGCUGGCUGUCAAGAAAAUCAUGAUCCUUUUGUUCCAAAUCCUGCUGGGUGGAGUGCUUUCCGAAAUGCUGAUUAUGGUUAUUCUCGAAUGUAUAUUUUAAAUAACACGCAUUUAUAUUUAGAACAAGUAUCGGAUGAUAAAGGUGGACAGAUUAUUGAUAAAAUGAUGCUUGUAAAAGAUAAACAUGGACCUGAAGCAUGGUUGUAAGUAAACAUCCUAAAAUACAAUAUUGAAGUUUUAUUUAUUUAUUUUUUCAUAAAUUGAAGUAAAUAUUCAAAAGGAUAAAAUCUCCUUUUAUUGUGAUAUGUAUAGAUGUAUAAUUUAAAAGAAUAUACCAAAAAAAUUCAUUGAAAAAUAGUGGGCCAUUUGCUUUGUAAUACAUUUUAUUUUAUUUUUUUCCUGCAGUUAUUUUUCUUGUUUGAGACUUUAUAUAUGUAUAAAUACGUUGCAUCCUUUUUAGUGUAAUUAGUUAUUUAUAAAAUGUUUGUUUUAUUCUGUGUAUCUCUUUUAUUUUAUUCAUUGUUACUAUUAUUUAACCUUAAAAAGAAUAUAUCUUCAUUUAAGUAUGAGUGAAUAAUCAACAUCAGAAAUUUUUAGAAUUAAUUAUUGCAAUAAAUCAAUUUGUAAUUUUACUGAAAUUUACACAUAUUCCAAAAUAUAUCUUGUUUUCUCUAAAAGACAUGAAUGUUAUUUAGAAAAGAAAAUAUUUAUAACUUGAACUUGUAUAAUGUUUAUGCAUAGUAUGAUCUAAAGUUACCAAAUUUGAAAUGAAAUAUAUGUAUCAUGAAUAUUUUCUAAUAUUUGAUAUACUACUUUAUGCUCUCAUCUCAUUCAACUGUAUUGUUUUAUAACUCUGAUAAAUAAAAUGCUCAACAUUUUUUAUUCACCAAGGAAAUUCUUAAGUAAUAAUUAAAUUUGGACUCUACAAUAUUAAAAAAUCUGAUUAUUUUUAGUGUCUCCUAUAUAACUACAGCUUUCAUAUGAUAAUUAAAUGAAAUCAUGGGUUGUCUGUAACCUUUGCAUAAAUAAGAUUAUUACUCUUACACAAAAAUAAAAAAAUAAAGGUAAUGUAAUCUUACUCAUCUGCAGGGGGAAAAAAAUGUUUCAUUUGACCUCUCUUUUCUACAGAUUUUGAAGGGCAAAUGUCAUUUUUAUUCCAGAGUGAAAAAUUUAUCAGAUAAUCUUAAUUUAGAAUUUUUUUGUGCAUUCAUUUAAAAAAUUAGUAAUUUACUAAACAGUGGAUAAAUAACAGUUAUUGCUGUAGCUGUAAAGCUCGAUAUGUGUAAAAAUAUUUAAUGUGGGUGUUUAUUUUUCUAUUUGUUUUGAAUAUUAGAAGUUGUACACGCAAGGUCAUAAAACAGUUGAGAUUUGGAUUUAGUUUUUGUUGAAAUUAUUAAAUUCACUCUCCCUUCUAUUAAUUUGUACACAUUUAUGUUAGUAAAGAAUUAUUUUACUAGUC